UGUUUUAACUUUCAGUCUACUCGUAAUAUGACGACAUGUAAAGUAAAACUGCCAGUUUUUUCCAAAUCGUUUGUACCUUUUUUACGUUUUGAUAGAGUUCUGUUUUCUAAAAAACAAAGAAGGUUGUUAAUCUCUGUUCGGUGAAACUGAGGAGGAUCUGAUGGCGACACACACAAACGAGGAUUACCAAGAUCGCGGGUACUGGGAAAAUCGGUACCAGACUGAAGACAGCUACGAAUGGUGCUGUGAUGUAUCUCAGUGGUCGAAAUUGUUUAGUGAAGUUGUUGCGAAUAAUUCUCGAAUUUUGGUUCUCGGAUGCGGCAACAGUUCUAUGAGCGCUGAUCUUUACCAUCUUGGCUACACACAAAUCGUUAAUGUGGACUAUUCACCCAGCGUGAUUGCUAAUAUGCAAAAGAAAUACGAGAAUCUUGCAGGCAUGGAAUGGCAUACAAUGGAUAUGUUUGAUCUUAAUUUUGAGACAUCCACUUUUGACUGUGUGUUGGAAAAGUGUACCUUGGAAGUGCUGUUCGUUAAAGAGAAAGAUCCGUGGAACCCUUCUGAUGAAAGUGUCAAGCAGUUAGAACUGUUAAUGCAACAGAUAUCAAAAGUGCUUCGUCCUGGCGGGUAUUUCAUUUCGGUAUCGUUUACGCAACCACACUUUCGGUUACCAUUGUUGAGAUCUGUUUGUCCGACAUGGAGUAUACGGCAUGAUGUUUUUGGGGACGCAUUUCAUUACUUUUUUUACACUUGCGAAAAGCCAGUCAGUCAUACGGCUUGAAUGAUAGCGUGGAAUACUUCCUGCCGGAUGCCAGCUGCGACAGUCCAUAACGUCCGUCCGUUGCAACGAAGGAUAUGAAAUUUGAUCUAAUUGUAAUGUAAAAGCUAUUUCUUAUAGAUAAAAAUAUGUAAAUAACGCCGCAAUAUUUGCAAAAGAAGUGCAUGGUUUGGAGUUCUGGGUGAAUUUAUAAUACAAAGCAUGAUACUUAAUUUGAGAUCUUGAUCAGUAUGGCUCUAAUAUUUAUAAAGAAUAACAAAUGUGCGCUUAAUUUACAGAAUAGAAAAAUCAAGAAUUUCUAUACUGUCACUAGAGUUAUUCGAUACAGAUCUAGAAGAUAUAAUCGCUAAUUGUAGAGCGAAUUCGCGGG